AUGUCUCUCAGCACCACGGAGCCCAUGACCACAGCAUCCACCGGGCCACUCGCCAUCAGGACGCCAUUUGUGCAGCCAUCAGACUGCAAGACCCAAUGGAAGACCACGACCGUGCCAGAGUCCGUGGUGAGCGGCACCACCAUUAUGACUCCCAUCAUGGUUUCUGAGCCGGCCGCAACUUGCUAUCCCUCUGGGUGGGACGAAGUUACACCGGAAAGUCGCCUCAGCUUCAGCCCGGGUGUGUGUCCGGAAGGAUGGGUGUACAAUGCCAUGGCUGAGGACGGCUCUCCAGCGGCAUCAACGGCUUUCUGCUCGGCUUCUCAUAUAUGUUUUUUCGACGGGUACGCACUCGCAACCUCACUGUACCCUAGUAAUCGAUGUGGGAAGUUCGCACGGAAUAUCGAAGACGACGACGAGGACUCGUCAGAUACAAACUUGGGGAAGAUCGUCAUGGUGCAUCAGGGGUGGGCCAUCACCUGGGCUGCAUCUGACACGGCGACACUGACGCCGAUGUUGCCCACGCUGACCAGCUCCAUGAGAGUGCCGACUUGGACACCGGGCCAAACGAUCAAGGGCGGCGCCUAUGACCCUUCCCACCCAAGCCCAAGUACUAGAGAGUACUUAGGUGACGGCGUGUUUUACUUCCUGGUGGUUGGACUGCUUAUAUUGGGAGCUCUCUCGAUCGGCUUAUAUGGUGCUGUGUGCGGAGAUGUAAGAAAGAUAGGCGGCCCAAUAUACGUUACGUAG